AUUCUGAGCCAGGACCAUAUCUGGUCAAAAUAUUCGUUUGUCACCAAAGAGGGAACUGCGCGGCUUCCCUCUAUAAAUAGCAUAGGACAGUGAUCCAUAGAGACCGGGCACUGCUGCACUCACUCCUCUCAUUGUCUGCGCCCAUACAUUGUGCCAGCGCUGCCCGGGUGAGAAGAACGCGCGUUACUCCUGCUGCUGCCACUUCUGCCAGUCUCCUGCUGCCAUCCUGACAUUACUGCUCCUGCCGGGGCUCGGGCUGGCAGGAAUGAUGCUUCUAUGUGGGAGUACCUGCUGCUGUCCCCAGCCUGCCGCUCACCUGGAUGCCAUUGCCUGACCACCCCCGGUUCUUAUAUAACAAGGUGAAAACAAAACAUUUAGAAAAUGAUAAGCAGACAAGGCUUAGAAAAGUAUCGGGAAGUUGAUGAGGAUGAGCUUCUAAACAAACUAACUGACGAGGAACUAAGAGCUCUGGAAGGAGAACUGGAAGAAUUAGACCCAGAUAAUCAGUUAUUGCCUGCUGGUUUAAGACAAAGGAACCAAACAAGUAAAACACCCACAGGGCCUUUCCAGCGAGAAUCCCUGCUUGGCCAUUUAGAAAAGCAAGCUAAGGAAAUGAAAGAUCGUGACGAUCUCGUGCCUUUCACCAGAGAAAAAAGAGGAAAGCCAUGGAUACCCAAAAUGAAGCCAGUGGAUCCUGUUUUAGAAAAUGUCACUUUGGAACCAGAACUGGAGGAAGCUUUGGCCAAUGCCUCUGACGCUGAGCUAUGUGACAUUGCAGCUAUCCUGGGAAUGCACACUCUGAUGAGUAAUCAGCAGUAUUAUGAAGCCCUUGCAAGCAGCAAUAUUGUCAACAAAGAGGGUUUAAACAGUGUUAUAAAACCAACACAAUAUAAACCAGUUCCUGAUGAAGAACCUAAUUCAACAGAUGUGGAUGAAACCUUGGAACGAGUUAAAAGCAACGACCCUGACCUUGAAGAAGUUAAUCUCAAUAAUAUUAGGAACAUUCCUAUUAUAACUUUAAAAGCUUAUGCUGAAGCUAUGAAAACAAAUACCCAUGUGACGAAGUUCAGCAUUGUGGGAACAAGAAGCAAUGACCCUGUUGCAUUUGCUUUGGCGGACAUGCUGAAGGUUAAUGGUACACUGAAGAGCUUAAAUGUGGAAUCUAAUUUCAUCAGUGGAGCUGGAAUCUUGGCACUUGUUGAAUCUCUCCAGAAAAAUACAUCCCUGGUUGAGUUGAAGAUAGACAAUCAGAGUCAACCUCUUGGCAAUAAAGUGGAAAUGGAAAUUGCAAAUAUGUUAGAAAAAAAUUCAUCACUUUUGAAAUUUGGCUAUCACUUCACUCAGCAAGGACCCAGACUGCGCGCAUCUAACGCCAUGAUGAAUAAUAAUGAUCUUGUGAGGAAGAGAAGGCUGGCCGACUUGGAUGGCCCAAUGUUUCCGAGAUGCCGCAGUACGAUUUAGAGCCGAGACGAGAGCAUCAGAGCACCACCCAGCAGGACCCUUUCAAAUGAGAGUUUGUGCCAGAGCGUGGAAUCCUUAAAACAGUGAGAGCCCAACAACUGUGAUACAUACCUCCGUUCUCUAUUGUGCCAGACGUUAUACAUCCAAAUGGAUCAACUUUAUCAUCUAUGAGCAGAAAUCUACAUCAGCCUUGGCAAAUCCUGUUUCCAGACGAACCUGUCAGAUAUUGUGACAUUUAUUUUGCUGUUGGUGCUUCUUUUGUAACUGGGAUCAAUACACUAGUUCCAUAAAUAUAUAGAAUGCAUCAUCAGUAAAUCCAACAGAUAGAUCCUAAUAAUGCAGUUACAUAAAUAUAUAGUAUGAAAAAAUAACUUGAAUAUCACAUCAUUAUCCUGUUGCUGAUAAAAAGAAAAACUAUUGAACACACUUUGGGCUUACUACUAACUUUAAAUCCCUAAUCAGAUUCCUGUCUUAGCAUUUCCCUGUACAUAGACCACAUUGCCCUUACUUUCCAGAUGAAGGUGCCUUGAAAACAUUCAGUAUAUCCCCCAAGGGAGGUUGAAGAGAAGAGAGGGCCGUUUGCAUGUGCUGUGCUGGCCCCCUCCUUUCUGGCAGUGCAGCAGCUGUAAUAGACUCUUGCUUUGUGCCAGAGUCUACUGCGCAUGUGCAGGUCUCUGGGAACAUGGCUCAUACACUGUGUUCCUGGAAACUUCUCUACUAUGCAUGUGCAGAUCUCUGGGAAAAUGGCCGCUGUGCCAUUUUCCUGGUAAUUUCUGUCUGCAGGGCCAGCCGAUCUAGUACUCCGGAGAGGUAAGUAUAAUUAUAUAGGUGCAGGGUGGGCACACACUACACCUAUUAUAGAUACACCAAUGAUAUCACCCAAUACUAGGUCCCUGUCCCACAUUCCACCUCUUUCCUGACAUAUUUUAGUAAUUAUUUUACUGUGCUGCAAAUGAAACCUAUUUUCUUAUAUUUUUAACUCCACAUGUAAUCUGUAAUACAUACUGUCAUUAAGAGUUGCAGAUAGAGAACU